UUAAAGCGCCUCUGCAAGGAGCUCCUCAACCUUUCUCGAGACCCCCUAGACCUGUGCUCUGCAGGGCCAGUGGGUGAAGAUAUGUUCACAUGGCAGGGAGUUAUAUUGGGGCCCAAGGAGAACCCCUACCAGGGAGGAGUCUUCAUCCUAAAUAUGGUUUUCCCAUCGGAUUACCCUUUAAAACCACCCCAGGUCCAAUUCAGUACCCCAAUUUACCAUGUGAACAUAAACCAUAAUGGGUAUAUUGGUCUGCCCAUCCUUAAUUCUGAGUGGUCACCUGCACACACAGUUUCCAAAAUAUUGCUGUCAAUCUGUGACAUGUUAUGUGAUCCCAACCCACACGAUAUUCUGAUUCCAGAAAUUGGGAAGAUUUACAUAAAUGAUAGGCCAAAGUAUGAUUUCAUGGCUCAAGAAUGGACAAAGAAGUAUGCUAUGUAA